GUGUAAUAUCCUCAUAUUCUGCUGGAGGUUGGUGAAUGUACAGCAAUGAAAGACAUCAGGGUUGGUAAAGAGUCUGGAAGAGGAUCAUAGUAUUUAAAGGUUUAAGCACUCAGAUUCUCGCUGUCAGCAAUAUUAGGCGAUGCUGAUUCCUUGUUGCUCGGGUCUGUCUCUGAGGUAUUAGAGGCAUCUAAUGCAUCUACACCCCCAGUAACCUGUGCAUCUGCCAAGCUGAGAGGACGCUGGCACCAUGAACAAGCUUAAAGGCAGGAGGCGAAGCCUUUUCCCUAACUAUAAACUUGGGGUCACAUUCCUUGCUCCCAAGGAUCCAGAGGACUCUGAGCUUCCUUUCGGUCAACACAAAUGGGUAAAACCAUGGAAUUCGAUGCAGGAAUUAAGUAAGGAUAUAUAUGACAUCUAUGCAGAGUAUUAUGACGAAGAAGAGGAUAGACUGAUGUCGACUCCUAGUAAACUUUCCUCUAAAAAUAAAAAUUACAUGCUGAACAUCAACGUUGGAGGCAAGGUCUACCAGAUCUCUUACAGGGUAGCAGCAAAAUAUCCCAAGACAAGAAUUGGACGACUAGCAACGUAUACUGACCACAACAGGAAACUUGACCUCUGUGAUGAUUACACGGUCCAGAACAAUGAGUUUUUCUUUGACAGGGAUCCAGACAUCUUCCACAACAUCUUCAACUUCUAUAGGACUGGAGUUCUCUGGAUUAAAGAUGAAUUGUGCCCACGCAAUUUUUUGGAGGAGAUCAACUACUGGGGUGUUCGUAUCAAGAACACCCAUCGCUGCUGUCGCAUUUCGUUCGAGGAACGGCAAGAUGAACUCAAUGAACAGCUGAAGAUACAACGGGAACUUGAGGCAGAGGUGGAAACUGAGGAGCAUGAGGACUUGUUUCAGGAUAUGGCUUUCGGUCAUACACGUUUCCUCAUCUGGAACAUGAUGGAGAAGCCCUUCUCUUCAGUCAUAGCCAAGCUCAUGGCAGUGGCAUCCAGUUUCUUCGUGCUGGUAUCACUCGUGGCUAUGACUCUCAAUACGGUUGAGGGAAUGCAAUACAAGACGACCACCGGCCAGCUGAGCGGGAAGACCUACUGUGAGUAUGUUGAGACUUUGUGCAUUGCAUUUUUUACGAUGGAAUAUCUGCUCCGGCUAGUGUCCACACCUGAUCUCAAACACUUUGGAAGGAGCGUGCUAAAUGCUGUGGACCUGAUUGCAAUCCUUCCAUUAUAUCUUCAGAUGGCCCUAGAGUGUUUCGAGAAUGAAGACUAUGGGAAGCAUGGUAGCGAUAUUGAGACCGUAGGACGGGUUGGUAAAGUGGGGCAAGUUCUCCGCAUCAUGCGUCUCAUGAGAAUAUUUCGUAUCCUAAAACUAGCACGACACUCAACUGGACUUCGAGCCUUUGGCUUCACACUCCGUCAAUGUUACCAACAAGUGGGCUGUCUUUUCCUCUUCAUUGCAAUGGGAAUUUUCACCUUCUCUGCCAUGGUGUAUACCGUAGAGCAUGAUAUGCCUCAAACAAACUUCACCAGUAUUCCACAUGCAUGGUGGUGGGCAGCUGUGAGCAUCUCCACUGUGGGCUAUGGCGACAUGUUUCCAGAGACUGCUCUGGGCAGGAUUUUUGCAUUUGCGUGCAUCUCAUUUGGAAUUAUUCUCAACGGCAUGCCAAUCUCCAUCCUGUUCAAUAAAUUCUCAGACUACUAUUCAAAGCUGAAAGCCUAUGAAUACACCUCCUCUCUAAAGAAUCGCGGGAAAGUGAGGUUUGUGAAAAGGGCUGCAAAGAAGUUUUCAGAAUGUUUUUAGGUUGCCAGGUGCUGACCUACUCUUUCCACAAGUGAACUGAUUUUUAAUUCAUGGACUUGGUGGACUUCUUUUCAAAAAAUUCAUACUGACUAGACCGAUUAAGUAACGGUCUUCAAACAAAUUAGCCACUGCUUGCUUUUGUACUGCUGGAUACAAUCAUAUUUAGGAACUUUUGUACUAUAAACAAAAGUAAUUUCUUUAAACGAAUCAAUGCAUUUAGGUUGCCCUAACAAGGAUGCCAUUAAUAAAUACUUGCAUUGGCACAA